AUGACAAACAACUUCACGGCCACAGUGUUUGCCAUCGGGAAUACCAUAGCGUUUACAUGCGGUGUCAUAACACCCCUCGUAAUCGGGUAUAUACUGGAGGCUAACAAUGACACCCCCCGUAAGCAAUGGGGUUAUGUUUUCUAUAUGUCGGGCGCUAUCAAUAUAUGCGGGGGUUUAGUGUUCGCGGCAUUCAGUUCAGCGAAACAACAGGAUUGGGAUAAAGACCCGGAUAGUAUGUCUAUACUGGUGAACGCGCUGACACCAAUGAUAGCCAGGUCACUGCAUUAUUGGCUACUAUUGGCCAGUCGUGUGGUGUUGGGUAUGUUUCAGGCGUUCAUAUUUCCGUCGUGUUAUGCCUUGUUUUCCAAGUGGGCGCCCGACCACGAGCGCAGUACUUUCCUAUCAUUCCCGACAAUUGGCGGUAAUAUCGGCACAAUAGCUACCAGCUCACUGUCAGGCUACCUGUCCGAAAAUGGCUUCGAUGGGGGUUGGCCCUCGGUGUUUUAUGUGUCAGCUAUGAUAGCCAUGGUUUGGAUGAUACUGUGGAUACUAUUAGUGAAAAGUGAGCCCAAAGAUCAUCCCUGGGUAUCUCAUCACGAGUUGCAUUACAUUCACUCCAAUAUUAAGUCUAAUAAAACUGGUGGACAACCUAUUAAGAGGUCUGUCCCGUGGGUUAAGAUUUGCACAUCGAAAGCCGUGUUAUCCGUGUUUUUGGUGAAGUUCACAAUGAACUGGAAUUAUGUAUUAUUUUUACUUAAGCUACCUGCCUACUUUGAUACAGUUUUUAAAUACUCAGUGUCCAAGUUAGGUGGCAUACAAAAGCCUUAA